AUGAAGCUUUUCAACAACGUCAGUGAAUUCGAGUACCCGUGGGAACAGCUGAGCGCCGCAAAUUGGAGAAAGUAUCCGAACGAAGCGUCCACGCAUGUAAAAGCAGUGGAUGUGCUCCGUCGAGAGCUUGACCCUUCAGGCAGAAGACUCAUAAGCGAAAGGCUCAUAACAUGCGAACAAUCUGUGCCAAAAUGGAUAUCGAUGCUGAUAGGGGGAUGUAACGUAAGCUACGUGCGGGAAGUUUCCGUUGUAGACCUUGAUACCAAGACGCUAACUUUGAGAAGCUGCAACCUGACGUGCGCCAACAUUCUAAAGGUAUUCGAGACUGUGAAGUACAGUCCUCAUCCGCGUGAUUCAAAAAAGACGUUAUUUGAGCAAGAAGCAAAAAUCACUGCAUAUGCUGGAAUUUCCAAGCUGUGUAACAAAAUCGAGGAGUGGUCUGUGAACAGAUUUCACGAAAAUGCUCUGAAAGGCAAACGCGGAUUCGACACCGUGCUAGAAACGUUAAGCGAACGCUGGAAUAUUAGCGAAUCUCUUGUUGACGACAUAGGGUCUUCUCUCGUGGACAAAAUAAAUGAAACAGUUGAGGACUUCAAAGCCGUUACAGAAGACUUGCCUAAGGGGACGCGCCACGAGUCGUCGUUUCUUAGUGGCAACUACUCUGAGAUUCGAAAAGCAUUUACCAAGAGCUCGUAA